AUGACCCAUUUUUUUAGAGAUAAAUUAGGCGAAGGGAGUUAUGGUGGUGUCUACAAAGGGAAGUUACAAGAUGGUUGCCUCAUGGCAGUGAAGGUUCUGAACGAAUCAAGAGAAUACUUACAUAGAGGUUGCAACACACGAAUCUUGCAUUUUGAUAUAAAGCCUCAUAAUAUUCUUUUGGACAAGAGCUUCUGCCCAAAGAUUUCUAAUUUUGUCCUUGCAAAAAUAUGCCAUAGAGAAAAGAGUAUCAUAUCAAUGUUGGGUGCAAGAGGGACUGCAGGAUAUAUAGCUCCAGAAGUACUUUGUAGAAAUUUUGGAGGAGUAUCUCACAAGUCAGAUGUUUAUAUAUAUAGCUACGGAAUGAUGGUAUUUGAAAUGGUUAGGGGAAGGAGUAUAGAUCGUCUUGAACAAGAUGAAGAUCUAGGACUGCAUGGCCUUAUGAAUGAAGAGGAUCAUGAAAGUGUAAGGAAGAUGAUAAUAGUGAGUUUAUGGUGCAUACAAACCGACCCUUCAAAUCGGCCACCAAUGAGUAGAGUUGUAAAUAUGUUUGAAGGAAGCCUUGAAUACUUGCAAGUGCCACCCAAGCCUUUCUUGUUUUCACCAUCAAGAUCAGAAGAUUAUUAGACAACAAUGAGGUCACUACAACAUGAUUCUGUAACCCUAAAAUGCAUAUUUUCUUUAAAA